GUCGCUGUCAUUCGUUCAGUUGCUUUCGUUCGUGUCGGACGUGCGUGCGUCGUAGGUACGAGUGAACUGGCACUUUUCUCUGGUUUUUGUGCAGUUUCUGCUGCUGCCUUUUUUGUCGUGCGUGCGGAUACCAGCAAAACAACGCAACAAAGUUUGGGCGAAUUUCCGUCUCCAGUGUCGUCAUUCGCGUCGCGUCGACCACUGCAAUCCUCCUCCGUCCGUGCGGUCCCGAACGACGCGUUACAGUAGGAUCACGGUGAAAUCCGCGGCGCGAGUGUGGUGGUGCCCUGCCCUAUAAUCUCCAAUUGGGAAGAUCUCCAGCUUUGGAUUGAAAGUUUACUGCGCUGCUGUGCGAGCGAUAAGUGUGGGGAAGUCCCCUGCCAAAGUGGAAAUAGGUCCUAUGUGAUGUGGAGUUAUUGUGCCCGCUGAAUAUAGAUCAAUAAUUUGCAUGGUUUCGAUCUGCGGGUGGUUUGUUUACCUGCGGAACUGAGCGAAGUGGUUCCUGCUUUGUGAUUUACGUAAACAAGAGAGCGAGGAAGAGGUUGCUGUGGCGAGUAGAAAUGACAGCAAUCGUCGCGGAAGGUCAGAUCUGAAAAAAAGAGCUCUCGAAUAACGAAGUGAAAAUUCCAUCAGAGGCAAUUGUGUGCGGGGAAUUUGUGUUUGAAAGUCACUAACAAGGAAGAAGGCAUUCAGAAAAAAGCUCUUCACAAUGGAAACUUCAAGGGAGGCAGAAAUGGAUGAAAACACCGAACUGGAUCCGAGAAUUCAGAUCGAACUAGAAAAUCUCAACACAGCAACGGAUGAUAUUAACAAGUUGGAGAUCGAGCUAGAGGAAGCGAAAUCAACCUUCCGGAUUCUGAUGAACGAGUCCACCCGGCGGCUGAAGCUAUCGUCCAAGAAGCUGGGCAGCUGCAUCGACAAGGCCCGCCCCUACUACGAAGCGCUGGAAAAGGCCAAAGCGGCCCAGCUGCAGUGUCAGGCGGCGGCGAUCAAGUACCAGCGGGCGAACGAGAUCCACGCGGCGGCGAAGGAAACGGUGGCGCUGGCGGAGCAGCGCUUCAUGAGCAACUCCCACGAGUGGCAGUUCGAUAACGCCUGGCAGGAGAUGUUGAAUCACGCCACGAUAAAGGUGAUGGACGCCGAAAAGCAGAAGGCAGAGAGCGGAGCCGAACACCAGAAGAAGGCAAAAGUGUUCCAGGAAGCAGAACUGAAAGUACAACAUUUGGAGGAGCGCAACCGGCGGAGUAUCCAAAAGUCGAGGCCAUACUUUGAGGAGAAACAGCUAUGCCAGGAGCAAUUGGAAGCCCAAAAAGGGCGCAUCCAGCAGCUGGAGGAUCAAAUUUCCGCAGCGAAAACUGCCUACGGAACGGCUCUGCGAAAUCUGGAGCAAAUCAGCGAGGAGAUCCACAAGCAACGUGGGGAUCUGAGUCUGGCGGCCCCAUCCGGUCCUCGGGAACCGGGCGUGGGGGCCGAACUGUCCAACCUGCCUCCGUCGACCAGUUCGAUGAAACUGAGUUCGCCGGGUGCCAGCAGCACCACCAGUGGCUAUCACAACUUCAGCAGCAAUAUGCCAGACAUAUCGACUGAGCUGGACAAGUGCGAGAUCCACUCGGUGGGAAGCACCUCGUUGGCCACCAGUUCCGCCGUCAGUGAGAAGGAUCCCACGGAAGAUGACGACUACAUGAACGACGCAGAUCUGAACCUGGAAUUGCUCCGACAGAAGGUGAAAACCUUGGCAGUCCGUCCGGUGGAAGGUGGCGAUGGCCAACAGCAGGAACAGGACGUCUGGGAGCAUGAACUGAACGCUACCGUAGACAAACUGGAUCACCUGAUGAUGCUGCGCGAGUGCUCGGCCAGCAGCCUCAAUGGAGCUUCCCCAACGGCGGCCAGCUAUGCCGCAAGCCUGCCAACCACGCCGAAACACCACCAGCACCUUUCGCCGGUCCUAGCGGAGAAGCAGAAGAUUAAGAUGUUCAAAAAGCUGGAUCCCCUCCCGCUGGCCAACGUUUCCAUGUAUGCGCUUCCAACGUAUCUGAGCAGUAGUAGUAGCACCGGCAGCAGUGGGAUGACUCCCUCCGGCACGGGUAUCGUUCCUUCAGUUCCUAUCGGGGGGCACCAUCCGGAUCUGGUGACGCCUCGCAACGAGUCGGUCGCGUUGGGUCCGACCGUUGGGUUCAAGAGCAAACGGAAGAUGUCCAUGUAAAAUUGAGCUAAGUUAGGUUGAUAAGCAAAUCUUCGACUGACAACAUAUGAAAGACCGCGCGGGGUCCACCCAAAUUGGUGUGCCGAGUGGUUCCUAUCCGAGUUGUGCGAAUAGGGCGGCGCGGUCCCCGCCUCCGGCUUGUAUGGUCGUGUCAUACUAACAUUAACGGUAUAUUUUUUUUAACAGUAUGAUAAGUUUAUUCGCUUCGCGUUUUUCGUAUAUUUUGUUCACUUUCUACGGUUUUACUAGGAAUAACGAAAUGGAAGGGAGUAGUGACAACAAAAACGUCUGCCAACAUAGAAGAAAUGUGGAAAACGAGUGGUGAGAUCUGAUUCAAUGGUCUGUAAUAGAUUGGAAAGUGUUUCAUUCAAUAUCAAACCAUGGAAAAUACUUCAUAGAAGAACUCAGCACGUCUUUUAGUGAAUUCAAGAUUUAUCAAAGAGUUGAAAAUGUACUUCCAGUAUAUUCAUAUUUUCAUCCGUUUUAUUCGAAUUGUUUCUUGUAAAAUUAUAAAAUUUCAUGAAUGAAACACUUUUUUAGAUUAGUGUAAUCUAGGACACAUUGAUUCCACUGUCUAACAAGUCUUGUUCAUCAACGAAAGCCACAUGAAUCACCACUGUUUUCGUCGAAUAUGUGUUGCCCACUACCCGGAUUUUGUAUAUAUUUUCGUGAACUAUUUUAUUAGCAACGUGAUAUACAUUUACCUUUCACAGACAAUUGGCAUUUAUAAACUUGAGUUGCACCCUCAACAAUCUUAUUGAUUGUUUAACUAUAUUCUUAAGAAUACAGUUUUUGAACCCUAAAUAACUGGAUAGGAUUUGAAUAUUUCGAUACGUGGAAUCUUAGGAACUAGUUACUGAUGAAUUUCGUCGUCCUCAUGACGUUUCUCCAAUACUUUCUCCCACAAUUACUUGAGGGGUUUUUCGGAUUUCCUUCCAGAGAGAGUUCUUUAGGAAUUUCUCUUUGGAUGUCUUCCGGAGUUUUUGCCGGGAGAAAUCGCAGGAAAAAAAUCUAGGAGAAAUCCUACAAGGAAUUUUGGGAGAAGAAAAAUCGCAGAAGAACCUACACAGAGAACCCUAGAACCCAGAAAAAAACUCUGUUAAGAACUCCAGGAGAGAUCCCGUGGAAAAUUCCGGGAGAAAUCUGUGAGUAAUGAGCAAAUGUCUAGGAGAUAUCUCGGUAUACACUCCUGCAGAAAUCUAGGAAGAACCUCUGAGAGUAAUCUUACACGAUUAACUCCAGGGAAAACAUCCGGGGUUAUAACUGACGAAAUCUUGGGAGAAACGUCGGUCGAGGAUGAAUUUCGAUUGAACUCCAGAACGACAGUGUCUCAUGUUUCAUAAUUUCAAGUGUUUCAAGAUACACACAUUCUUCAACAACUUCAAGCAUUUCCCCUGUCACUACCUUACAAACUAACAUCACUGAGCCUCUGCCUCUGUCUCUACCCGCAAUCAUGUACUUCGUCUUGACAUAGUUUACUGUCAAACCUAUCCUCGCUGUCUCCCUCUUCAAAGGAACAAAAGCUUCCUCCACUGCCCUACUAUCGAUGGGGAUAAGAUCAACACCCUCUGCAUUGCUGAGUGCAACAUUGAACAAUAAAUACUGCACUAAAACAUAAACUACAUUUUUAAGGAGAAGAGUUACAUGAUUUAGAGUUGUUAGGAGUUGUGAAUGUUAUCUAAGGUUCCGAGUUUCCACGUUCUUAAGAAUUAUGUCUUUUGGUUAUUUACGUGCUAUGUAUUGAUUGUUCAAUUUAUUUUCUUCUGAGUCUUGAUUAGCAAUCAACAACCCGACAGACACGUUUGCAAACUUUAUCCGGCGUUCGACACAAACAGUUACCUUAGAAAGCAAUCUACCUACUGCUAGACAAAACAAGAAUGAAAAUUAAUACACUUUGUUCAGUACAAAACUCAAACCGUAUACUCGAAGCAUACAACUCACGGUAAUAUUACAACCAAAAAUCACACAUAUUGUAGCAAAAUCGAAUGAAAUCUAUUUUUUCACCACAACCUGGUUUUAACAACGCAUCCUUUAGAAACGGUAGGGCAAAGCAGUGCACUGUUAUCCGGCGCAAAACCGCCACCCAUAAUUUCGAAAGUAAUGUUGUAGUAGUAGAUAACACAAAUGUACGCUUUCGAUCCGCUAUCCAUAACUACCUAACUAAAGCAGUAGAGAUCGAAAGCAGUGAGAAGGCUUCACCUCAAAAUGAAGUCAAAGCUUUAUUACUAUUAUUAACCAGAAAGUAAGUGUAGGGAAAUUUCGGUCGUCACAACUAUGAAAUCGUCACCAGAUCGCGAUAAUCGCGAUUGGUUUUGGAGAUGAAAUCCAACCCGGACUUUUGUGUAUCGUUCGUUGGUACAUGCAAGAUUAUCAAUCAGAAACAAUACAGUUUGUUCAGUACGGUAUCUUAGUAGAAAUUAGAUCGGUUUUAAUUACGUUGAACAAUGAGAUGACACUAAAACAAAGAGUUGAAAUGGUUUUGAAACAUUUAAAACACAGACAGACUAUUAAAUAGCAUUAGGCUAAACAGUUUUAAAAGAGAAGACAAUUUUAUGGUUUGGUUUUGUGCAUAAAACAAGAUACCUGUCGCUGUCCUGAUAUAUGAACCUGAUAUGUUUUGGGUUUUCGUCGGAAAAAAAUAUCCAUUUCAAAUUGAUGAAACACCAGCAACAGUUCUGGAAGUGGAUUUCCGUCUGAGCAUGAGUGAAUGUAUCAAAGGGAUUGUCGAACAUUUCGAUCAAUCCAACCGAGAAUAUGGAAUAAAAACUGAAUUAGUGCAUA